UCGAAAAAUAAAUUAACCGAAUUUAAAUAAAUUAUUCAGUUCAGUUAUAAAUUUAAGCUUACUCGUGUUCUAAAAAAAACUACACAAACUAACCGGACUUGAUUACAGUUAAUUGUAUGAUUGUACAUGUCGAAUUUUAACGUAAUAAUUAAGGAAUAUUAGGUCUGGAUAUUCCAGUGAUCGAGAGAUGAUGGAGAUGGAGUAGUGCCAUAAAAGAAUUGGGAUAUGCUACUUCAAACUUAGAUGCCACCGAUAUUCACUACUUUCAGCUCAAACAAAACGAAUAUUCCAUUCAAAGAUUCCUCAUGGAAAACGUCUGCAAUUUACACGCCACAUCGACAUCACGUGCAACGCAAAAACACAAUAUCAUCUUCUCCCGCCCGCUUCAUUUACAUUUUUCACUUCUUCUCUCUGAAACUUCGAUGAGCGUUUGAUCUGCGCGCGCUUCACCUCCUUCAAUCUCAGGGUUUUGAAAGGAGGAUCCAAGCUACGAACAGAAGGCCAACAAAAAUGCCGAUUCCUCAGAGCCUUCACAGGAUUUCCACAAAAGUAAGAAAAAUUAUUUUAUGUAAUAAACACUACAGGCUGAGAGUUCAAGAUAGUCAGAAUUCAUGCGAUAGCUUAGAGAAACAAGCAACCAUCUACAAGUCAAAGGAGAAAGAAAAGGGGAUCAGAUUAAUUCAUCAUAACAUUUGGAGGCCCCUCAAACUCAAAACACAAGCGGUGUCAGGAAAGGUUUCCAAAGCGGCGGUUGUCUUGCUGAUGGGUCUUCUGGGAAUGGUUUAUCAGUCAAAGCAACUGCUCCCUCCAGAAACUAGUGGGGCAGCGGAGCAUUCUCCUGUCACCUCAUCAAGAAUCAGACUUAGAGAUGGAAGGUACCUGGCUUACAGAGAGAGAGGUGUUCCCAAGGAAAAAGCUAAACACAAGAUCAUUCUUGUGCACGGCCUUGGAAGCUCCAAAGAGAUGAAUUUUCUGGCACCCCAAGAACUAAUAGAUGAGUUGGGCAUAUAUUUUCUUCUAUUUGAUCGAGCUGGAUACGGAGAAAGUGAUCCGGACCCAAAGCGCACAGUAAAGAGUGAAGCACUUGAUAUUCAAGAACUUGCUGAUCAAUUACAGUUAGGAUCCAAGUUUUAUGUGAUUGGAGUCUCAAUAGGAUCAUACUCCACAUGGAGUUGUCUCAAAUACAUACCAGACAGGUUAGCAGGUGUCGCUUUUGUAGUCCCUGUUGUGAAUUACCGGUGGCCUUCUCUCCCUAAUAGUUUGAUUAGGGAGGACUAUAGGAGGAAACUUGUGCAGUGGUCUAUCAGGUUUGCAAAUUAUGCUCCUGGAUUGCUAUACUGGUGGGUGACUCAAAAAUGGCUCCCUUCAAGUUCUGUCCUAGAAAGAAACCCAGUAUUCUUUAAUGACCGAGAUAUAGAUAUUUUGAAGACUAUAUCAGGGUUUGCAAUGCUCACCCAGGAUAAGUUACGAGAACGAGGUGUUUUUGAUACUCUCCGUCGUGACUUUAUGCUGGCUUUUGGAAAAUGGGAAUUUGAUCCAAUGGAUCUGACCAAUCCAUACCCCCAAAAUGAAAGCUCAGUGCACAUAUGGCAAGGUUAUGAAGAUAAGGUUGUGCCCUUUCAGCUUCAAAGAUUUGUUUCAGGAAAGCUACCUUGGAUUCGAUACCAUGAAGUUCCAGAUGGUGGACAUUUGAUUGUGUAUUACAAUGGUGUAUGUGAGGCCAUAUUAAGGGCGCUUUUGCUUGGAGAGGAGCAAGUUUCAUACAGACCUAGUACAGCAAAAGUGUUACCUUAAAGUCGUCACAACAGCUUCUUCUGAUCAUCCAAAUUGUUGAUUAUGUAGGUGAUUGAAUUUGUUUUUUCAGAGAUUGACAAAUAUGUACAUUACAUUUGUUACUGGAAAUUUGAAAGGUAUAGUCCCUGUUUCUGUACAUAUUAUGCA